AUGUCUCAACCUACGUUGAACUCGAGCUUCAGCGGUAUCAAUUUCGCCGGAAUGAAUCGUGGCUCUAGAUUGUCUUAUACCAGCCUUAGAGCAGCCUCCGGCGAUAAUAGUAUCAACGAGGAAGAGAGAUUAUCAGCUCCAAGUGUACAGGGCUUCAGUGGAAGCUCGAGAGGAAGCUUGACGAUGGAUCAAGGCUCCUCGAGGUUGUCACAGCCGGACGUACGACAGUUUACCUUGCGACAAGACGUAACAGGGAAACGGGAACGUCUCUCUCAACCGACUCUGGUUACCAACGAUUAUUAUCCCGGUCGUGGUCAACAGAGAUUGUCGCAACCUUGCCUAAGUACGGGAAAAGACCUGAAUUUACCCACGAUGGUUUUCCAUUCUCCUUUACCGCCGCCUAUCAAACAUAAAAGAUUCUCUCCUGCUAUACACGCCAGCAAGAGGGACCGUUUGUCGCAGUUGGACAUCGGUGCUAAACACAGGAACUUCAAAGAGUCCGCUGCGACAAAGUUCAAUCGGGAUAGAUUUUCAAUACCGGAGUUAGAAACGCAAAACGAUCUUAGGUUGAUAGCUGGUACACCCAAGCAGAGAUUUAGCUUGGACAGUCAACUAACGCGAAAUCAGGAUGCAACUCGAUCAAGACUACUACCGAUAGCCAGUUCGCCCAUCAAUGAACACCAACAGACUAAGAUCGAAGAACAAACAGGAUUUCCUGUGAGUAAACUUAUGAGUCCCACUAGAGAAGGCCUUGAAAGCGUACUCGUGACAAGUGCUACCCCGAUAUUACCACCGAGUGAAAGACAACUGUUGUCAACCGAAUUAUAUAAGAAAGUAGCUGCGAUUAUUACAUCGACAGUGUCAGCGACAACCACGACAAUUACGACGAAUAAAUUACAGAGAUUGGUCUCGCCGAAUCCUAACAGGGAGAGGAUGUCGGUACCUGAGAUAAGGAACUCGAGUCUACGUCGAUUGCUCGAUCCACCGGCUAGGCAAAGGCACAGUAUCACAGGCAAUCUAAGACAGAGCCUGAUUUCUCCUAUCACGUUCGGUAAACCUCUUGAUUUUGGUAAAAAGUCACCAAAACAUUUGUUCGAAGAGGCUUUGGAGAGAUUUCGAAGGGAUGAAAAAGAAGAGAACCGAAAGAACGAGAUGUCCAACUCGGAAACUAUCGUCGACAUCAUCGACGAACCGAAACAUAUACAGAAACAUUAUUCGUACACGUACGAGAGUUCAGACGAAAGUUCCUCGAUACUUGGAAAGAUAAACAUGUCCGUGAUACCGAAGAAAAAGUAUCUGGAGAGUAAUUUCGAUGAAAACGAACAAGUGAUCACUACAGUGAUCGAAACCGAUGUGCCGAUGAUAAUGGCCAAUCCGAAAUACGUGAAGAAAUCGUCUUAUUCGAGUGAGACACCCAAGUGGAUCAGGAAGUAUUUAGAGAACGAGAGUCCAAAAGGAGGAAGGAAGGCGAUAAGCAACAAAGAGAAGACCGGUAGAAAGAGUAGCCGAAGGAAAAGCUCUUUGGAAUCGGUGGAAGAUGAAAAAAUUACAGACAAAGUUCGUUCGAAGUCGGUGAGUAGCGGUGAAAAGAGUCCGAUGCUGAAAAAUACCGGCAUACAAUCUGAAUUGAAGAACAUGAAGAACACGUAUGUUAGAAUUGUACCCUCGAAUAAGAUCCAAGAGAACAGGUACGAGGUAAAGGUGGAGAACAAUUGGAUCGAUGGAAACAUUCAUGGACUGUAUGGCGACGAAUACGACGAUACGGAUUCCGAUGAUUCCACGUCCAUUUAA